GCACCCUUUGCUUGACUUGCUCCUGACGGUCUUGAAGCCGGGGAAGCGCUCUUGCUUUCCAGCCAACCUUGACUGUUUCUUCAGCCUAAACCAUACAGCUAGCUAGCUAAUCACUUUAGUCAAGCAAAAGCCAAAACUACCAUUUCUGUUAACGAACUUUCCUUAUUUUGAUUAGCUAGCUAGCUGUCGUGAGUUAUUCGCUUUGUAAAAUGGUUGUGUUGACUAAUAACAGUAGCAACAAUGAAGAACAAGAUUAUAUAUGUGUCCCUGCUCUGACCGAAGAGCGCCACAACUCGCUACCUGGCUCUCCGGCCAAACGGGUGUCUCCUGCCAAGAGGAAGCAGUUCUUUAUCAACCAGGCCGUACGCAACUCUGACCUCACACCCCGAGCCAAAGGCAAGAAGAGCCAGAGACGGCAGGAGAACACUCGUUACCUGGCCAACCUGCUGGAGAGAGACGAGUGCUCCAAAGAGGAAGGGGAAGUGUGUGGGGACCCCGCCUCACCGUCCAUCUUCACUGAGGCGUGCACCAAUGAGAACUAUGCGCAGUCCUGGAACGACUUCAUGAACCGCUCCGGCGAAGAGCAGGAGAAGCUGCUGGCUCUUCUGGAGGAGGAGGCCAAGAGGAGCCACACUGCCAAGCUUCCCAAAGACCAGAGAGAGGUGGACCCUGCCUACAGUGCUCAGGACUACUUCCAAAGGAUCGACCGAAGGCUUCGAGCCACGCUGAAGCGCAAGCAGAUUCCCAUCGGGACAGUGGAGGUCCUGGAGGAAGACCUGCUGCGUUUUUUCGCAGCUCAACCCAGCUCUGUUUACACCACUCGACUUGGCAGCAGCUUUGAGAGGCUGCUUCUUCAUGCUGUCUGCCAGUACAUGGACCUAGUUUCAGCAAGUUCUGACUGCAAUGGUGCUCGUCAAACCGAGGUGGUGAACAAGCAAGAUGCGUUCCUGCCUCCGAAUCCGAUGCUGUCCGCCUACCUGGAGCAGCUGAGCUGAGAGGAGGGAACGGGGGAAUGGGGAGAGGGGUGUGCAGCCUGUUCCUAAUCAGCCAGUACGACUUCAUUAAGCAGCUAUGGCAGGCUUGUAUGUUGUGAAUGUACUGCAUGUUGUGCACUUGGGAUAUACCACGCCAGGAAAAUGAAACAGGGACAGACCAGGAGUGUGUCCCACUAAAUACAUAAAGCAUCCUGCCUGACAGUUAGUCUGGGUGGUGUGCUUGUCAUCGUUUCUGUGGGGUAAGGGCAGCACAGGUCAUCCUAAUUGGUAGUAUGUAUGUAUUAGGAAAGGGUCUCAGUUUGCACAGCAUUGAUAUAGGUGCGAAUAAAUGAUCAUCAAUGAC